AUGGCUAUCAAAGGUCUACUGAAGGGCAAAACCGCGCUGAUCACAGGUGGUACAACUGGCAUCGGUCGAGCGAUCUGUCUGCAAUUCUUGAGGCAGGGGGCAGACGUGCUCGUCAACCACCUCGGUUUAGAACAGGAUCAAGUCCACUUGGACUCGUUGAUUGCAGAAGCCAAAGUGCUACGAGAAGAGGACUCUGAAUCGGGUGUGCUUGCGCAUGAGAUUGGUGACAUACGGCAUCGCCAGACGGCGACCCAGCUAGUUGCCGCUGCAGUGCAACACUCCCGCAAUGGCCGACUAGAUACUUGUGUUAGCAACGCAGGAGUAUGCACAUUUGCCGAUUUUCUGACACUCUCGCCAGAUCUUUUUGAGGUGACGGUGCGGACGAAUCUGGACGGGGCAUUCUAUAUUGUUCAAGCAGCAGCUCGACAGAUGGCUCUUCAUCAAGCACCAUCAGGCGGUAGCAUCAUCGGCAUUUCUUCCAUUUCCGCUCUAGUUGGAGGAGGUUUACAGACUCACUACACUCCCACAAAGGCCGGUGUCACUAGCCUCAUGCAGAGCACGGCAGUGGCUCUGGGCAAAUAUGGUAUCCGGUGCAAUGCGCUGUUGCCGGGAACUAUCCGCACUCAGCUCAAUGAGGAGGAUCUUGCCGAUGAUACCAAAAGGACUUAUAUGGAGGGCCGUAUUCCUCUAGGCCGCACUGGGGCUCCGGACGACAUGGCUGGGCCUGCGGUUUUUCUCGCGUGCGAAGGGUUGAGUGGCUACGUAACAGGAGCCCAGUUACUUGUGGACGGCGGCCUCUUCGUGAAUCUCCAAUGA